UUCCCCACAAAUCAUUCAUCACUUCAUCUCUCUCGCUUCCAAACCAACCCAAUUUCCUACCAACCAACACCAUCAAUGGCUCCCACAAAGGCAGAGAAGAAACCAGCGGAGAAGAAACCCGCCGCCGAGAAAUCCCCGGCCGAGAAGAAACCAAAGGCCGAGAAGAAGAUCUCAAAAGAAGGAGCAUCCGACAAGAAGAAAAAGAGAACCAAGAAGAGCGUCGAGACCUACAAGAUCUACAUCUUCAAGGUUUUGAAGCAGGUUCAUCCCGAUAUCGGUGUCUCAAGCAAGGCUAUGGGGAUCAUGAACAGUUUCAUCAACGAUAUCUUUGAGAAACUCGCUCAAGAAUCGUCUCGUUUGGCUCGGUACAACAAGAAGCCGACGAUUACUUCUCGGGAAAUUCAAACCGCUGUUAGAUUGGUUCUUCCUGGAGAGUUGGCUAAACAUGCUGUUUCUGAGGGUACCAAGGCCGUUACCAAAUUCACCAGUUCUUAAUUGUUUCUCUGAUUUUUCCCCUUUCUCUUUGAUUUAGGGUUUUAGAUUUUCAUAAAUUGGUCUUUUGUUUUCUUUUAUAAAGAAGAUUGUAGAUUUACAGAUGUUGAUUUGAAUAUUAAUGAAAAUAUGAAUCUUUUCUUUAUCUAUGGAUUUUCAGAAUUUUAUU